AUGGAGAAAAUACGGCAAAAGAAAGCCAUUGUCAUUGGCGCCGGCGCCGGUGGCAUUGCAACCGCAGCGCGGCUUGCCAAGUUGGGCUUCCAAGUAACGGUAUUAGAGAAGAACUCCUUCACGGGUGGUCGCUGCUCUCUCAUUCAUCACGAGGGAUAUCGAUUUGACCAGGGGCCAUCCUUACUAUUGCUCCCCAAACUCUUUAAGGAGGCAUUUUACGACCUGGACACAUCCCUCGAGGCCGAAGGUGUGGAGCUAUUACAGUGUCCGUCUAACUACAAUGUCUGGUUUUCGGAUGGGGAGUCCUUCGAGCUGUCAACGGAUCUGUCGCGCAUGAAGACGCAGAUUGAGCGCUGGGAAGGUAAGGACGGGUUCGAACGGUACCUGGCGUGGUUGCGAGAGGCGCACCAGCAUUACGAGCUCAGCGUCAGCGAUGUGCUGCACAAGAACUUCACCAAAUGGUGGGACCUCGCAAACCCCGGGUUCAUACGGACAGGGCUGAAGCUACACCCGCUGCAUAGUAUAUGGAGCCGGGCGAGCAAAUAUUUCUGGACCGAGAGACUCAGGAGGGUGUUCACCUUUGCGACCAUGUACAUGGGCAUGAGUCCGUUUGAUGCGCCGGCAACCUACUCGUUACUACAGUAUACGGAGUUGGCGGAGGGUAUCUGGUACCCAAGAGGCGGUUUUCAUGUGGUCUUGCAAGCUCUAGUCGAUGUCGGAAAGAGACUCGGCGUAGAGUACCGCCUGAGCACGCCGGUGAAGCAAGUCUUGACCUCACCAGACGGAAAGACAGCCAAUGGCGUCUUACUAGAGUCAGGAGAGAGGCUCGAGGCCGAUGUUGUUGUGGUGAAUGCCGAUCUGGUUUACGCUUACAGCAACUUGUUUCCCCAGACGCCGAGCAUGGAAAGUUACAGCAGGUCGUUAAGAGAAAGGGACGGUUCGUGCAGUUCUAUAUCAUUCUACUGGAGUCUGAACCGGAAGGUACCAGAGCUUAAAACCCACAACAUCUUCCUGGCAGAAGAAUACAGGGAGUCGUUCGAUGCCAUCUUCGAUCGCCAGUCGCUACCUAAAGAACCCAGCUUCUAUAUUAAUGUACCGAGCCGCAUGGACGAAGCUGCGGCACCGAACGGCUGUGACGCUGUCAUUGCUCUAGUACCCACUGGCCACUUGUUGCAAUCAAAAGGUUUCAUGAAGUCGGACGCCGGCAUCCCCAGGGACCAAGACUGGCCGACAUUGGUUAACCAGGCGCGCCGGACCGUUUUGUCCACGAUCUCGGCGCGGACGGGCUGCGAAUCAUUGGGCAACCUGAUCACCAACGAAAUCAUCAACGACCCGUUUACUUGGGAGUCCAAGUUCAACCUCGACAAGGGGUCGAUCCUCGGCCUGAGCCACAGCUUCUUUAACGUGCUCAAGUUCCGUCCGAGUACCAAGGCCAGGGGGCUUGAUAACGCAUACUUUGUGGGCGCCAGUACGCACCCCGGCACCGGCGUGCCGAUUGUACUGGCGGGUGCGAAAAUCACGACGGAGCAGAUCCUAGAGGAUUUCGGCAUGCCGGUCACCUGGCAGACACAUCCCUCGAAACUCAAGGACCAAGGGGUCCCGCAGACGAAAUCAACGAGCCAACUAGACAAGGUUCAUGCCCCCGUGUCAGGGACGAUCUUAUAUAUGAUAUCUUUGUCCAUCUGGCUGGUGUUCUUCAUGUACUUUUGGCGGCCUACUGGCUUCUAG